UUCGCUUCGGGCGGCUGAGCCUGAGCGAGGAGCUCCCGUGAGGAAGGGGGACUGCCGCCCCGGAGCAAGUCGGACCGCACCGCGCCCGGGGAGGUGCCGUCUUCCACCCAGUGAAGAAGAAUGUCGUUGUUUAAAGCUAGAGACUGGUGGUCCACCAUACUUGGAGAAAAGGAAGAAUUUGACCAAGGCUGUCUCUGUGUUGCUGAUGUUGAUAAUAGUGGCAGUGGACAAGAUAAAAUUAUUGUGGCCAGUUAUAUGGGAUAUCUCCGAAUCUUUAAUCCACAACCUGUGAAACCUGGAGAUGGAGUACAACCUGAAGACUUGCUCUUGGAAGUGCAGUUACGAGAACCAAUAUUGCAGGUGGAAGUGGGAAAAUUUGUUUCUGGUACUGAAGGACUUCAUCUGGCUGUGUUGCAUUGCCGAAAACUCUGUGUAUAUGCUGUUUCAGGAACUCUGGGAAAUGUGGAACAUGGGAACCAGUAUCAGAUUAAACUGAUGUAUGAGCACAAUCUUCAGCGAACAGCUUGUAAUAUGACUUAUGGUCCAUUUGGUGGUGUAAAAGGUCGAGAUUUGAUAUGCAUACAGUCCAUGGAUGGGAUGCUUAUGUUGUUUGAACAGGAAAGCUAUGCUUUUGGCCGUUUUUUACCUGGUUUUCUUCUGCCUGGUCCCUUGACUUACAACUCUCGGACAGAUUCUUUCAUUACAGUGUCUUCUUGUCGACAAGUUGAGAGUUACAAAUACCAAGUGCUGGCAUUUGCGAAGGAUGCUGAUGAAAGACAAGAACCAGAACAGCAAAAACUUAGUUCUGGAAAAAGACUUGUGGUGGAUUGGGUUUUAAACAUCGGAGAGCAAGCACUGGAUAUAUGCGUUGUCUCCUUUAAUCAGGCAGUUUCUUCUGUUUUUGUGCUUGGUGAGAGAAACUUCUUUUGCCUUAAGGAUAAUGGGCAAAUUCGAUUUAUGAAAAAGCUUGAUUACAGUCCGAGUUGCUUCAUUCCUUAUUGUUCAGUGGAAGAAGGAACAAUAAACACUCUAAUUGGAAACCAUGGUAAAAUGUUGAAUGUUUAUCAAGAUGUUACACUGAAAUGGGCCACUCAACUUCCCCACAUUCCUGUAUCAGUGAAAGUAGCAAAUUUACAAGACUUGAAGGGUGUUAUAGUCACUCUGAGUGACAAUGGGCAUCUUCAGUGUUCCUACCUUGGAACUGAUCCUUCACUCUUCCAGGCUCCUCGAGUUGAUUCUAGGGAAAUAAACUAUGAAGAAUUCAAUGCUGAAAUGAAAGAGCUUCAGAAAAUCAUCAAGGAGGCCACAAAAACACAAGAUAUUUUGCCCAAAUCUGAAAAACACAGAGAUCUAAUUGUCACAGCAGAAGUUUCACCUGAUUUGGAUGCAGAAUCUCAAGCCAUUGACAGUGAGGUAAAAGCAGAGGCAGUACCAUCAGUUACAGUAAAGAUAACAAUACAGAGCAGAGUGACUGCGCAGAAACCAAACCUGGCAGUAUGUGUACAAGCUCCAUUAGCAGUGACCUGUGACCAGUUCGUCUUUGAUGAUUUAGAACCAGAUUCAUCUGAAACCGUGGUCCUGUCUGUCUUUUUGAAGGGGAGUUGUUCUCCAUCAGAACUAGAAGGAAGUUGUGUGGUUUCAUAUAGUACACCAACAGAGCUCAAUCCUGAAGGAAUACCGAAAGUUGCACAGUGUAACUUCAGGCUGCCUUUGCGGUUAAUUUGCUUUCCAGCUCAAUCUUCAAAAGCAGCAAACCACAAGCUAACUAUUGAUACCAAUAAGCCUCCCAUCAGUUUUCUCACCAUAUUUCCAGACUUUGUUGAUCCAUCUGAGGAUGACCAGGCAAAUGUUCUAGGAUUUCAGUUUUUAACUGGUUCAAAAACCACUCUUCUUGCUUCAAAAACAUCACAACGAUAUAGGAUCCAGAGUGAUCAGUUAGAAGACCUUUGGCUGAUAACAAAAGAGCUCAUGCUUCGACUCGAAGAACAUUUCAAGAAGCAAAACUGCAAAGAUUUUGCAUGUACUUUUUCUGGUUCAAUUCCCCUGCAAGAAUAUUUUGAACUAAUUGAUCGACAUUUUGAGCUACGUUUGAAUGCUGAAAAAUUUCAGGAGCUAUUAUCUGAAAGGGCUGUACAGUUUCGAGCUAUUGAGCGGCGAUUGCUGACACGAUUCAAAGACAAAACUCCUGCUCCUCUUCAACAUCUGGACACCUUGCUAGAAGGAACGUUCAGAGAGGUAAUAGCUCUAGCAGAUGCAGCAGAAGAAAAUCAAGCCAACAUAUUCCAGGCAUUCACAAAGUUGAAAAGUGCCACCCAUCUGGUGAUUAUGCUGAUUAGUCUGUGGCAGAAGCUCAGCACUGAUCAAGUUGCUAUUCUGGAAGCUACGUUUUUGCCAUUAGCAGAAGAUACACAAGAGCUGGGUUGGGAAGAAACUGUGGAUGCUGCCAUUUCUUACUUGUUAAGAACUUGUUUGUCAAAGAGUUCUAAGGAACAGGCCCUGACUCUCAGCAGCCAGUUGUGCAUGCCCAAAGACACUAGCAGACUGAAGAAGAACAUCACCCUCUUCUGUGAUAGAUUGGCCAAAGGUGGUCGCCUUUCCUUAAGUAUAGACUCAGCCACUCAGCAAGCUGCUGUCAUGCCAGCUUCAGUGAUGGAAUAUGGAGCAUGA